UUGAUCCAAUUUCAUGGCUUCUCUCAAUCCAGAAUUAGUAGAAGAAACCGAGAAGGAAAUUAAACCUGAACCAAUUGUUUUUCCCUAUUCACAACAUAAAAAGUUUAAAGAUACUCCAAGUGCUAAGAUGGACGAAAGAGAAGUGAACUCUUCCGAGAUUGAUCACGAACAAGUGAAUAGAAAAGGUCGAAAAAUUAUGAUUAAAAUGAGAGAAGUGUUCUUUUCUAUCAAAAGGGUUUUUGAGGAUCAGUGCCUACAUUAUAAUCGCGGAGAAAACUUGGAAACCACAAGGAUCUACCAAGUUUGGCCAGGAAAAAAUGUGUUUUUCUUCCAUGGGCGACUUGUGUGUGGCCCAGAUCCAAAAGGGUUGCUCUUAACAACAGUUUCAAUAAUUCUGUGUGGUUGGAUUUUUUGUGUUUAUAUUGGAGAAGAUCUACCAAGUCAUCGUUCCAAACUCAUAAUCACAAUCUCAGAGAUACUGACAUUACUUGUUCUUGGCAACUUGAUCCUAGUAAGUUCUAUUGAUCCGGGUAUUAUUCCCAGAAGCGAACAAGAUCAAUUGGAAGAACCAAAUGGUAGUAGAAGUAGAGCCAUAAAAAAGAAGAUUGUAGUAAUCAAUGGAGUGGAACUCAAACUUAAAUAUUGUCGCACUUGUAAGAUUUUUAGGCCACCAAGAAGUUGUCACUGUGUUGUGUGUGACAAUUGUGUGGAAAAAUUCGAUCACCAUUGCCCUUGGAUUGGUCAGUGUAUUGCAUUGCGAAACUACAGAUUUUACCUAACAUUUAUAAUAUCAGCUUUGUCUUUCUUUAUCUAUGUGAUAUACUUUUCCUGCUGGAGAAUUCACCAAAAAGUAGUUAAAAAUGGGAGUAAUCUAUUUGGGUUGGUGAGGAACUGCCCUGAAACACUUGCUUUGGUCUUGUUUAGCUUUGCAGCAAUCUUGUUCUUGACUGGUCUAGCCAUAUAUCAUCUGUACCUCAUCUCAACAAACCAGACGGCUUAUGAGAAUUUCAGACAACGAUUUGUGGGUUCCAAGAGUCCCUAUGAUAAGGGAGUUUAUGGUAACAUUAAGGAGAUAUUGUUUGUGGGAAUGCCACCUUCUAGGGUUGACUUUCGAGCUGAAGUAACGUCAAGGUCAUGGCAUCCAACGGCUGCAACUAGUCAUGAAGUUUGAGCUUAUCAACCACACAAAUCAUGUAACCAAAAGUAUAUAUCUUACUAUAAAUAUAACCAUAAUGAUAUGUGUCACACCCAUUUAUUAUUUUUGCAAAUGAUGAUAAAAGUAAUAAUAGGCACAUGUAAU